AUGAGUUCCAAGUUCAUUAUCGAUAGCAUGCUCCCCAAGUACCACCAGCAGUUCCAUCAUCAGAACUUGUUCGCGGGUGCAGGGGCUUCCCCGAUAGAGGCGUCGUUGUCGUCGUCGUUGUCGUCGUCUUUAUCGACGUCGCUGUCAUCGUCGUUGUCAGGGGGCCUGGGGGCGGCAGCGCUGGGUGCCGGCUCUCCAGGGGCCGGGAGCCCGCAGCGCUCCUCAUCAUCAUCAUCUGCAUCGCCGGGAGCACCGGCGAGGAUGUAUCCUUACGUGUCACAUCACCAGCAGUUCGGUGGGUCGGUACCGUUUCCGGCGAGCAGUGGACUCUCGGCGGAUGACAAAAGUUGCCGCUACCCGACCGCGGUGGGAGGAGACCCGAUGGUUAACUACGCCUUGGGACAACAUAAUGGCGGGGCGGCGGUGUCCGCAGCAUCAGCUAGCAUGGCGGCAGCGGCUCAAUUCUACCAUCAGGCUGCAGCAUCAGCAGCAUCCGCGGCAUCUGCAGCUACCGUUGACGCCAUGGGAGCCGCCUGCUCACAGCCUUCAGCUCAGCCUCUGCCAGACAUACCACGCUAUCCUUGGAUGUCAAUCACCGAUUGGAUGAGUCCCUUCGACCGCGUGGUCUGCGGUGAGUUCAAUGGACCCAAUGGCUGCCCACGGCGACGGGGACGACAAACGUACACGAGGUUCCAAACGCUAGAACUAGAAAAGGAAUUCCACUUCAAUCACUACUUGACACGCCGACGCAGGAUAGAAAUCGCACACGCACUUUGUCUCACAGAGAGACAAAUAAAGAUUUGGUUUCAAAAUCGACGUAUGAAAUUAAAGAAGGAAUUACGCGCUGUCAAAGAAAUCAAUGAGCAAGCGCGUAGAGAAAGAGAGGAACAGGACAGAAUGAAGCAGCAACAGCAAGAGAAGCAGGCUAAGUUGGAAAGCCAGCACCACGGCCACCACGUGACCCACCACCAUGACCCCAUGAAAAUGCCCAUUGACAAGGGCUCCAGCGACAUUCUCAAAGUGAAUAAAGUUCCAACG